AUGCCGCAGGAGGCCCCCGCAGACACCGCAGGCCCGUCUUCGCCUCCGCCUCGCUUGCCAGAGGGAUGGCUCCCUCAAUGGGAGGGUGUCCAGCGCAAAUGGUACUACGUCCAGCGGGCGACGGGAAAGUCCCAGUGGGAGAUUCCCACCGAACCGGUUGUGCUCACCCCGUCCACGACCCCGACGUCUAUCGGCACCGGUCCCUCGCAAGCACCGGCUUCACGGCCUUCGGCAAAUAGCCCUGGCGUGACGGGAUAUGGCAACACCUCGACGGGCGGGAUGUAUACCGCGGCGGACAGUGCGAGGCUUUCCUUUGGUAUGUUAGUCCCAGGAAGACGACGGUGGUCUACCUCGCUGAUUGCUCUUCAGGAUCCUCUCCAACAGAAAUCAUCUGGACACUUGAACAUGAUACAACCACCAUUCUGGGCCGGUCAAGCACAUCCCCGGUGCAAUGUCGCAGGGCAGCCAUCUCUCGAUCGAGGUAUUCAUCAGUUGCCUUGGGGUCAUGGUCAGGGUACGGUACAAGGGCCACCGGUUUUAUCCCACGAGCAACGCCGGGAGUCUUACCAGGCCUUCUCUGCAGGACCAGCCCAACAUGGGCUGCCAACGCAGCCGUGGACUGCGACUCUUCUAGCUCCCCAUAUCAAUGGCGUGAGGGCUGAGCCCCCUCCACCCCAGCCUCAGUGGCAGGCUGCGCCCCAGGCUGCCUUUGCCAACGCUUUGCCCCAUUAUACAUUACCCAAUGCUGCUUCCUCGAAUGUCUCGCAGGCAUAUUUCGGGACAUACCCUUCAAGACAAAAUACUGAAAAUUGCGCAGCAGGCUUUGGGAAUCUAUCUACCCAGUCUUCGGAUGUUUCGCACCCAAGGGCCGACCCUAGACCAAAACCACAAGUGUUUGUGCCGGUAUACGACACUCAUUCAAGUCACACCUCCCUCACACUGCCCGAACAAGGUCAUUCUCUGUCCGGGCAUCCUCUUUCACGAUCCCAUUCUCAUCAGAGUGUGGCUUUUCCGCAACAGCUAGAGCCAUCCUCAUCUAGCAAUUCACAGCCGUCGGGAUACCCACCCCGCCCAAAUUCGCAGAGUCACUAUCAUGGCAUCUCUAUGGCACGAACACAUUCAGGUCCAGGAAUGGCACACCCUUCUCAGAAUCCCACAAACGAAGCUCCCCAAUACCAAAAUCCUCUGGUACAGGCCGGCGUCAACCAGUAUCUCUCUCAAAACCAGGCCAAGCAUACACUUGGAGCCACCGAGUAUCCAGGGGCGGCCCAGUAUCACCAGACGCUCCAUCACCAACCGAGUCGGUCUCCUGGUCAUUCGCAACGGUGGAAUGAUAUGUCUCCUGACUCUCGGUUGGCUGCUUCAGAUCCCCAUUUUGUUAGUGGCCCAUGGGCAUCAUCGACUCCACCCACAUCCGGGCCCUCACAACCGGCCCAUCGUUGCAACGUCUUGUUGGGGUCUGACCGGGGAAAUGUCUAUUCAACUGUAGGCCAACACUAUACGAUCGAUACCUGGGACCUAGGGCGUGACAACUCACAGGCCAGUAGACCACACCGAGAUAUUGUCGUUGGCUCGGUCGAUAUCGAUGGUCUCGCGUCCAGAUUCACGCAGGGCGGCGAUCUGGUGAAGGUGUGGGCCCCGGGAACCGUCAGCGCUCAUGCCACGAGCCAAAGCUCUGCAUUUGGGAUUGAGUGUGUCACCAGCCAGAACACCUGUGGUACUGUUCGGAUGGAGGGCACGUCAUUUGCAGCGCCUACCGUUGCUGGUGUCAUGGCGGACCUGUUUUCAGUCCACCCCAGUCUUCGAGUCCGGGGUCAGGUCGCCAAGAACGCAGCGGCCUGGGUUUGGAACCAUGAGAAUUCCUAUGUGCGUAUGGGUAUGCGGGAUGGCUUGCCGUCGAUAUGGAAUGGGGAAUUAUUCGAACCUAGCUAA